AUGAACCGCGACUUCUUCCGCGAAGUCUUCUCGUGUUUCAACGAAAUCAAUGACGACAAGCAAUCGCGAGUUGUGGUCAUAUCGGGCGCCGGCAAGACCUUCUCGGCCGGCCUCGACUUCAACGACAUGUUGGAUAUGAUCGGACACCUGACCACCACUGGGCCCGAGGCGGGCGAUGUGGCCACGAAAGCCAAGUUCCUGAGGAAUAUGAUUAUUCUGUUGCAGAACUCGUUCAAUAGUAUUGUCAAGUGCUCGAAGCCGGUCAUCGCCAGCGUUCAUGGCGGGUGUGUCGGCGCCGGUCUCGACCUCAUCGCCGCCACUGACAUCCGGUACGCCUCUAACGAUGCGUUUUUCUCGUUGCGAGAGGUGGACAUCGGAAUGGCCGCCGACUUGGGUAGCCUUCAGCGGUUCCCGAAGAUCGUGGGCAACGAUAGUCUGGUCCGUGAGAUGGCAUUCACCGCCAAGAAUAUCUCCUCCGCUGAGGCCAAACAGUUGGGUCUCAUAUCGUCGGUGUUCUCGGAGCCCAAGGAGGCACUGGAGGCGGCCUUAGAGACGGCUAAGAAGAUCGCAGUGCAGAGCCCGGUGGCCGUCCAGGGGACCAAAAUAGCGCUCAACUACUCCCGUAACCACUCGGACAGGGAUGGCCUGGAGUUCAUGGCCAACUGGAACAUGUGCAUGCUGCAAAGUGAUGACCUCAUCCAGGCAUCCACGGCCACCGCCACCAGAUCUGAGACACCGCCCAAAUUC